AAAGGAGCAAAGAACCGCCAAGGGACGGACCGAAGUAGGCCAAGGCGUGCGUUGGCGCCAUGGACCGCGAAGUUUUUUCUACUCUGCUGGACAAUGCCCUGCACUCUAUGCGGGACCACCUUUUGGAGAUUUAUGACAUCGGCCAAGGCUCCAGGUACUCCUCCAUGGAGAAUUCGCUGGACCAAAUCACUCUUCCCCAACAGGGUGGCAAUGCGUUUGACGACCUGCCGGCAGGCCUGGAGAGUCCCGAGGGGCGCAUGCCGCGGGAGGUGAGCAGCGGCAGCGCCAUGGACCACCGCCGGACCACCGGCAGCUUGCGGAGCUACGAGGCGAAGCAGAACCCCUUCGGCGUGUCUGUCCACGAUGCGAAGGCGGUGAUCGAGCGCUUGCGUCUGCGCUUGGGCUUCAUGAAGGUCAGCAGCCGCGCGCUGAUCACGGGCCGAGCGCUGCAGGAGUCCGUGGAGGCCCUGGGGCUCACCAGAUACACCGUGCAGGAGAUGGACGACUUCGUGAAUCAAUUGGCGUCCUACAUCAGUCUCAAGCUAGAGGACGACGAGCAUCAUCUGAAUCUGGCGAGUCCGGGACGACCUCUGAAGGCACAGAAGGGCGACGGGCCGAGCGGGAAGCCGGACUGGCACUGGCCUCUCUGCCAGGUGGAGCCGCAGAGCCCGGUGGGCUCCGUGGUGUCGAUGGAGCUGAACCCGACCCCGCGACUGGAGCUGGUGAGCUACAACGCCGUGCCGGUCCAGGCGCUCAUGGAGGUCUUCCUCGCGGACGAGCGCGACAUCCUGCGCGCGCGCAUCUUCGACUCCCCGAGCUUCCGCCAGUUCCAGGCCAUGCGGGAGAUCCUUCUAGCAGGGGACACGAACCGACUAGUGGCGGAGCUGACCUUUGUGCGCAUCAACGACCUGGCGGCGCCUCCGGAAGAUCGGAGCCAGCCCCUGGCCUUCAUGGAGCACCUGGUGACCUUCAUCAUCAUCGCCAACGCAGUGAGCUUGAGCUUAAUGGCGGACCCACUCUACGCAGAUUGGAGUGGCUGGCAAGGUGUAGAAGCAUUCUUCGCCUCAUUCCUGCUGGUGGAGAUUGCCCUCCGCAUGAUCAUGGAAGGCUUCUCCAGAUAUUGGGUUGGAGACGAGAUGCUUUGGAAUCUUUUCGAUGUUGCGCUGGCGCUCGUGGCGUGGACGGACAUCUUGGUACUGCAAAUGCUCACCGAGGAGUCCGAGCUCUUUUCGACCGGCUUCCUGCGGAUCAUCCGGCUCAUUCGCCUGGUCCGCGUGAUGCGGGUCUUCCGUCUGAAGGUCUUCAAGGAGCUCAGGCUGAUGGUGAAAGGACUGCUUGCCGGAAUUUGGACGCUAUCGCUGGCCUUCGUGCUUCUCUUCAGCGUCCUGUACUUGGUAUCCGGCUUCGCAACGAUUGCCAUAGGCAACAAUGCGAGGACGACUGCUCUGGGGCUGGAGAAGCAAUUCGCCUCUGUCCCGGACUCUAUGUUCACCGCCUUCCGGUGCUUCACCGGAGACUGUAACUCUGACUCGGGCCAGCCAAUCGCCUCCCUGCUUGCGGCGGAGUAUGGCAUUCCCUUUAUCUUGUGCUUCGUGGUUAGCUACAUGCUGGUGGCCAUGGGCAUUUUUAACGUGAUCUUGGCGGUUUACGUAGACAUCACCAUGAAGGCCGCGAAGGAGACGGAGACCCUCACUGCAGAGCAGCAUGCGAGGGAGUCGAUCCGGAUUGCUCGCACCACGCGGGAGCUGCUGAAGAAGUUUGCGUCCUUCCACAAGAUUAUGAAGGAGGAUGGAGGAGAGUUGGAUGAGAUCCUGAAAAUGGACAGCCGGCCUUCCGUGCAUUUUACUGAUGAGGACAUUUACGAGAACCUGGCCAUCAGCAAGGAGUGCUUCCUCAUGGUCAUUCAAGACCGGACGGUCCAACACCUGAUGGAUGACCUGGACUUACCCCCCGACCGAGCGAAUCUGUUUGAAAUCAUCGAUGCGGACGGAAGUGGAACACUUCAUAUUACCGAGCUAGUGCACGGGCUUCUGAAGAUUCGGGGCGAUGUGAAGAAGAGCGACACUGUGGCCUCUCUGCUCGCCACCAAAGCGGUGCAGCAGAUGGUUCAGGAGAUGCGGCAAGAGAGCAAGGCCGAGCUUGAGGCCCUGCACAAGGACGUGGUGGCGGAGCUGAAAGCGCACCUGAGGUGGCGGGGCCCUGCACGCAGUGCCCAGGUGUAGCCCGGAGAAUAAUUUGAAGACCUGCUGAAACAGCCUCUUAUUCGAGGCGCUGAUUCCUUGUCCAUUCUUUUCAACCA